AUGUUCACAGAAGUAAGAAAAGGAUAUGAGCAAGCAUCAAUAAAAACAAAACAACGUCCCAAUCAAGGCAUCGUCGAAACAUUAACCAAUUUGCGUGAACGUUCUUUGCUCUACAUUGAUGAAUUAGCUUAUGAAAAUUCUGAUCGCAUAUUACCCUUAAAUGGUAAUCAAUCGACAUUAGCAAAGUUUCGCGUACAAGACAAUGAUCUUCCACAUAUUCUUGAAUCAUUGAGAACAGCGACGAUGAUCAGUCACCUUGAUCUUCGAUACAACCGUAUUACAGAUGAAGGUGCUAGCAUCAUCGCUGAUUAUUUAACAAAUGAUCAAUUUUUAUUGAUUCUAAACUUAAAAGGCAAUGAUAUCCAUCGAAAAGGUGCUCAAAGUUUAGCUAAUGCUCUAAAAGUCAAUACAACAUUAACUUCGUUAUCAAUUGCUGACAAUGGCAUUGGAAAAGAAGGUGGCAUGGGAUUUGCUGAAACACUUCAAAUAAAUAUCACUCUCGAACAUCUUAAUUUAGGAAAUUGUGAUUUAGAAAUGGAUAGUCUAAUAGCAUUGCUAACCAUUCUACGCUAUAAUCCAAGUUUAAAAUCAAUUGAUUUAAGUCGUCCAAUACCACAAUAUCAACAUUCGAAUUGGAUGGAUGAUAUCGCUAUUCAUAUUGCACAUAUGCUUGAAAAAAACAAUGUUUUACAAGAAUUACAUGUUCAAAAAUUUGAAAUUCGCGAUCCUGGCUUUAUGUGGAUUUGUGAAAAAAUGCAACAUAAUCAAUCAUUACUUUUUCUUGAUCUUAGUUGCAAUCGAAUUACUCGUGAUAGUGCUGUUUAUUUAGCGUCAAUGCUUGAAAAAUGUGGUCUUCUUCGACUUAAUCUAGCAUUUAACCGAUUAGAAAAUGAGGGAGCCGGUCAUUUAGCAACUGCGUUACUUCAGUCUAAUUCGAAACUUCGAAGUCUUGAUAUUCGCUCAAAUAAUGUCAAGGGAGAUGGUCUAUGCAGUAUUGCUGAUGCUGUCAAAUUUAAUUCAGCUCUUACAGAAUUAUUUAUUUGGGGAAAUAUUCAUGAAGAACGAGCAUGCUUGGCUAUUGAAAAUCUUUUAACCAUUCAUCGUUUCGAGCCAGAACAUCUGGAUGUUACACCAUAUCGUGUUGAUGCUCGUACAUAUCUGGCUGAAUCUCCUAAUACUCUUGAUAAAUAUGCAUAUUGGAAACAAGUUGAACCGUCGCUUCGUAUUCAACCAACUGUAGAUCGAACAUCAUCGAGUGAACGUGCCUAA